AUGGCUCAACCACAGGACCAAAGCCUCCCAAGCCUGGUUUACGACUUAGGCGAACUCGAUGCCAGCCCAAGUGAUAAGAUGUAUGACUUCCUUGUCGAUGACUUCAGAGAUCCUGAUGUGAUGUACGAAGAUGUGACAUCGCAGGAGAAGACUCCAACCACUCUCCAGUCGGUCGAUCCCACAGCCACCGUUCUUGAUCCCAUGGACGUCCAGCUUCCAUCCCUAUCAGACCACAGCUUUUCUCCCACAUUUCAUGAAUGGAACGACCACAAUCAAUUUUUCAGUGAAGAGUUACAGACCCUGGAAUCUUCUGCUGGUGAAAUUGAUGUUACCCCGGCGUCUUUUGAUACGCGCGACCUCGAUGCCCUACAAAGGGCUCUGUUUAGUGUUGAUGGUCUUCCUUCAGCAGUCUGGGUAAGUCAUCGCCUCCUGGGCACCGAUCCUCGCGAAGACCUGGCCACAACCGAUUCAAAUUCAUCGACCCGGCCGCCUGGGUCGUCCGCUGGAGAGUCAGAGCAAACAGCAUCAGGCCGAAAGAGUUGGGCCCCUUUGCCAGCAACACUGGAGCUCCAGUUGGUUCAGAUCUACUUCCAGACCAUGCAUACCCUGUGUCCUGUUCUAGACGAGCUCGAGUUCUACCAGUGGUAUCAGAAGCGGAGAAGCGAGCAGAUUGCAGACUCUCCACGACAAGAAUCGGAACCCUUACGCGAAUUGGUCUUCCACACCAUCAUUUUUUCCGCUUUCGCACACGUCGACGAAGAACAAUUGAAACAAAGUCCAUACGUAUCCGUACCUCACGGCCAAAAGACGCUUUUUGGCCAUGCUCGUGACCGUUAUAAUGAAGUGCGGGAUGCACACCAAGGUGCCAUCGAGUUGGUGCAAACGUCCCUGAUCCUCAGUCACUGGAGCCCCUACGACGAGACUCGCGAAGUCAAUUACUUUUGGGGCGACGAGGCCUUGCGACAUGCCUUACUGGCUAAGCUGCACACCUCAAAUCUGCCUCAUCACCGAAUCAUCUGGUGGUGCGGCCUUCAACGUAACCGAACUCUUACCCUGGCGCUCAGGAGGCCUCACAAGUUAAAACAAUACCCGCCCGGACGACUUCCCCGCGUUUCUGAUUUUGGAAGUCGCCGUCUCGACCACAAUAUGUCUCUCAAAGGACCCAAAAUAUAUGCCGCUCUUCUUUUCAUUUCCCUAUGUAAACUGUCCGUUAUCAUGAAUGAGAUUGUCCUUCUGAGGCACAACUCAAAUAGGUGGGACGACUGGCGAGGCAAAGAUUAUUCGAGCAACAAACAUGGCGCUGACCUUGAUCGCAUCGUUGCAAUCGACAAGUCCUUGGUGGAGUGGAACGUCAUGUUCGAGCGAUCCGUUCGGGAUUUCGAUGAGAGCAAAAUACCGCGACGGAUGCGAGUGUCUGGACACGUUCUCCGCAUCAUGUCACAAUCGACCAAAGCAUCCCUUUUUGAACAGUACAUUGAGUUGUCAGAUGACCAGAAUUCCAUCCAAUGGUUACUCAACUCUGUUGCCGUCAACAAAUUAAAAGAAACGUCGGCUGCAAUUGCCGUCCAGGUGGGCAACUUGCUCGGAGAUGCUGCCGCACAGGAUUUACCUUUGAAUGUGCCCGCUUGGGUUAUGCUUCCUGUUUCGGUCCUGCUGUCACAGAUCAAAAGCUCAGAUAAGGACCGACGUGCCGAUGCUUCCAAGUUGUUGGAGAUGUUGCUGGGUCUCUUCUCCUGUAUGAAGGAGCGGUUCGCUGGCGUUCAGCACACUGCCAGUGUGAUCAAUGCGCUGGUAAAAACAUUCGACGGCGUUAUCCAGGAAUCGGAUCACUUGGAUCGGGAAUCUCUGGAAAGACAGCUUAUUGCUCAUGGACGAAGUGUUCUUCGAGUCGCUCUGGGGAUUGGCGCAAUUGUACAAAAUUGAGUGGUCAAAAUGGGAUAAUGAAAUUUGCCAUGAUUUCCAUGAGCCACGACAGCGUAUGACGAUACCUAUCAUCGUCAGAAAUAGUUUAUUCCACGCUUUGAGCGUGGCAGGAGAUGGUCAACCACGAUGGCUUCAGAAAUAUCUGGUUGAUC